GUUUUUUCCAUCGGUGCUCGGCUGCCUCCGAACUCGGCGUGGAUUCUCGUCGCUGCAAGCUCACACAGAAGUGCUCAUGCCAAAACGCACCUUUCGGUGUGCGGCUCGUCGGCCAGUCGCCGUCCGCCGCUGCUCCCCCCGUGGCUCCGUUCCCGCUGCCGGCGGGCUGCGGUGCGGGCACCGCCGCGGUCGCCCCCCCGCGGGGCGCGCGCCCCUGGAGCGAUGCCAGUCACUGGCGCCUCGACCACGGGGCUGGUGGAGCGGCGGUUCAACGCCGGGCUCGCGACGCUGCCCUCGGGGCGCAGCCCCUUCCCCGUCCCGCGGCGGUGCGAGUUCCACCGCACGAUUGGCCAGAAGCUCCCGGAGCUGUGGCCGGACUUCUCGGACAGGGCCUUGCACCAGGGGCGCGCCGGGGCGGAUUCCAACCUGCUCGCGUACCACGGCGACGAUCCCCACGAUCAGGACCCUGGACCUGGGCUUCACGCAUAAGUCGGCGGGCCUGCGGGCGGUUGGGUCGAUGGCCGUGAAGUCCAAGCCACCGCCAGCAGCGCCGAGGCCUGGCAGUGUGGUCUUCGUGGGUUACGCCGAGUUCGACAUGGACGGCCGCACCUUCACAGCUGGCGAGAUGGACAGGCUCAUGAUGCACUCCGCGGUCUCGAAGUACCCGUGCGCGAGGCCUGCCACGUUUGACGAGUAUAUCGACCAGGCCAUCGUCGGACUGCCGAAGAAGAACGCCAGCGGGCGCGACAUCGUUUUCGUGGGCCCUGGCGGCACCGGCUGCGAGCUGCACCACACGAACACGCUGGGGAGCCAGAAGUGCGCCGUGCCCCCCGGCGAGGCGCUGGACGGCACCUGGGGCCUCGCGUCGAUGUACGGCAGGAAGUCCAUCCUCUGCGUUUACCCCGUUGAGCGAGUGAAGAGGCAGCAGAGCCUCACCCAAUUCGGCUUGUGCCGCGCGACGCUGAAUGGUCGGGGCCAGAUGAGGCCUUCCCAGAGCCUAACGGCGCUCUCAGACAAGACGAUGUGGGCCUCCACGGGCUUCGCCAGAUCUACCUCCGAGGCGCAGUCGACCUCCCGGAUGGACCAGUUCUUUCGCUGAGGGCUGUUCCGUAGGUGAGCCGAGACGACCAAGUCGUACGACCUGCCAAGCAAGCCUUUGGACCCGUGGCCGACUGACUCCCCCCGAUAUCGCUUUAGGACCUGGUCCUCGGAAUGCGGGAUGUUCAAGGCGAGCUUUCCGCGGCCUUUGGUGGCCGCGCGGUGCGCUCUUCCGCUGGGCCCGCCCCCCCUCAAGGGGGGCGCAGGCCCAGCAGGACCCCGCGAAGCGGGGCCCCACACGGCAAACUCGGGACUGGUCGGAGCUGUGGCGAGCUCGCUCGUCGUC